AUGUCCAGUUUAAUUAAUCAAAGAGUGUCACUGAUAAAUAAAAAUAAUGAUUUAAUCAAGCAAAUAGAGCAAUUAAAAAUUUUAUGUUUCUCAAAUAAUCAACCAAAUACUUCAAGUCAAAAAAUAAUAAUUAAAAAAUCACUGAAACUAAUGUCAGCCAUAACAAAACCGUCAAAUCUAUUGAUACUAAAAAAUUUAAAUCCUCAAGAUUAUCUGAGCUGUUCAAUAAAAUUAAUGUUUAUAUGCCACCAAGAUAUCUUUCUCAGAUUAAAUAAUCCAUGUAAAAUAGAGUACACCAAGAAUUAUCAAUUAUCAAAAAUAUAUUACUAUCAUUUACUUAAUGUAUUUAUUGCCGGAAGAAACAUACAGGAAGUAGUUGAUGUUAUAAUUAAAUUAAUAAAUAUAAAUAAUUUAUGGCAAUGGGAAUAUUUAAGCGGUGAUGUAAUUCACGGCCUAUUUAAAUUAAAUGUUGACACUUAUUAUAUUUUAAAUUAUUUAUUAGACAUUAUUGACUUAUCAUCAAAUUAUAAAAAUCACGAUAAUAUAUCCCGUGAUAUUUUAAAUAUAAUUAACACACUAUAUAAUAAUAAAUAUACCUGGACAAUUAAAAUUAAAACAUUGACAAGCUUAGAAAGAUUAUUGGAUAUGUAUCAUAAUUUAAUAAUAGACAGUACCUUAAAUUUAAUUAAAAAUAAUAAUAAUGUAAAAAACAGUCUUUAUAUUUUACUACACAAUAUUAUUAAAAAUUUACCCAAUAAUUAUUUAUUAUUGGUAAUUAAAAAAAUGUGCUCAUGGAUUAUUUAUAAUAAUGAAAAAGAAAAUAUUAAAAAUAUGAUAUUUGAAAUAGAAAAUAUUGUUGAGUAUACAGCUAAAAAUUACAAAUUACAUUUAAUUACAGACAUGAUUAAUGAUAAAUUAUUUAAUUGUCUUAUGGAAAUGAUAUCAUCAUCAAAUCGAAAAAUAAAUUUACUGGGAAAUAGAAUUUUUCAACAGAUAAUCGAUCGUAAUAACAAUAAAAAAUAUUUUUUAACACCAAAAAUUUUUUACGAAACGACAAAUUAUUCAAUUAAAAUAAAUAAAGAGUGUAAAAGUGAGUGUGAGUUUUUUAAAAAUAAUCGUAUAUUAAUUCAUGAUACUUUAUUGUCAAGUCUAAUGAAACACGCAGUGACAAAAGUUAAUUUAGAAUCAACGUACUGCAGUAUCUGUUUGCUGGCCGUUGAAAUACCAUCGGGAUUUACAGCAGCAGCUUUAAUUUGUCUUGUUAUGAAUAUUCAAGAAUUAACUCUACAAAGUAUUAAUUCUAAAAUAAAUCGUAAAGUGUCUUAUCAUAUUCAUGCAACAGUUAUGGCAGUAAUAACUUUAAUUUGUCGUAUUUAUAAUGCUAAAAUUCUUUAUAAUUAUGUUAACAAAGUUAUGAUGGAACGAGCCCAAUGGGCACCUCAUUUAAAUCCACCACUAAAAAAUAAUUAUGUAUUUGCAAUUCACUAUGUACUUUGGAAUAAAUCCGAAUUAUUUUUCGUCGAUUGGGAGGCACGUUUUGGACUUUGGAAAUGCUUUCGUAAAAAUAUUUACGAUCAUGAUAAUGCUACUGAAAAAUAA